UUUACUGCAAAUGGUGAAACAAAGGCCCCGAGGGGGAUUCAGAGUGAGACUGCAGAAAAGCGACGCCCUGCCUGAAUCCAGAUGUUUCAUGUUUCCCUCCGCGCGCUCUCUGGAGAGCUCUGACCGCCGCGGAGGAGCGCUGAGAAGUGCCAGCUUGCACUUUGUGGCAUCUGAUCGGGCUGAAAGGACAAUGAGCGCCAGACUCUUCAUAUGAACUGGUCGGGUUUUGAUCCAUGUUCUCGGUCCUGAAGAAUGGAGAGCAGCAAACUGAGGACGGUGCUGCUGCUGCUGCUGCUCAACUUGCAUUUGCUGUGGACGUUUGUGAUGUCUUUGCGUGGACAGUCUGCCCCGAACCGGGAAGAUGCAAUUGACCUUCUGUCAGCACUAAACCUAUCUCAGCAGAGAAGCGGUGUUUCCAGACUCCAGAGUCCAAACGGAUUGAUGUAUAAAAUACGUCACAGAGCAGCUUACCUGAUCCUCCCUCAGGAAUACUCCGGCUUCCUGCACUCCAACUUUCAGGGCAGCAUCGGAGUGCAUUUGGUUGGACGUCAGGCAUCAGGAUCCAGUGCUACCCUCUUUUCUCUCUCCUCAGCGACCUCACCUAUACUCCAAAUCAUCUCCUCCACCAUCAAUAACUCUCUGCAUUUGGACUACCAAUCUGCUGGAGUAUCACUCGCCAGAUUUUAUUUUCCAAAGAUAAAUCCCGUCCGUGGUGGUGAAUGGGUGCAGUUGGCCUUGAGCCUGGAGCCGGACAGAUUGGUAUUUUAUGCUGAUUGCCAAGAACCUGUUGUUUUCGGAAUAAAGAGCGAAAACAGGAUCCGCUUGGACGUACCGCGUGAUGUUGUCAUUGCUCUUGGGAGCACACCGGGAAAAAAAGACAGCAAAUUUAUUGGAUAUCUGAAGACAGCUGAAUUAUCACUGGAAGCAUAUGUAAGACGUCCAUGGAGCUGUGACAACAUUACAGAUGACCUGCCUAAGCCUCAUUACAAAGACACACAUGGUCCAAAUUCCAUAACUGACACCAGUCAAAUGUUCCAGCAUGAUAGUUCACCCAGUAAACAUCAAACGAACAACAGGCCGUGGGAGGAAAUCGACCAUUAUCCCCGUGACGUCCAGGCAGACCAGCAGCAGAGGGCUGCAGCUCUGGGGCCUCCAGGAUCUCCUCGUGGGGUAAAAUCUGACUCUCAGGAGCAGGGAGUGGACAGGCUGGGGGUACUGGAGAACAGGCUGGAGGAAAUGGCCCGUAUGCUGGAUAUGGUCAAAGCUCAGAACCAAGAUUUACAAACCCGUGUAAACUACCUGGAGGGAUGUGAGUGCGUGAGGCGGCGAUGCGUAUGGGAGGGACGUGAAGUGGAGGAGGGCCGGCGCUGGCAGGCUGACCCCAACACUGUGUGUUUGUGUUCGUCUGGAAAGGUCACAUGCCAAACAAGCAAAAGAGACGGAGGAUGCGAGACAGACAGUCAGGUUCACAAUGUAUCCUUUGAAGUUCUCGAUGGCUGCCAGACACGUACGUGUAAGGGAGGUAACAGGGAGUGCCCUCCGCUGCCGUGCCCCUCAGUAGACUGCACAGUGCAGGAGACGACGCCUGGAGACUGUUGCCAACAGUGCAGAGGUUGUACCCACUCUGGUGUCAGACAUGACCACGGAGCCAGAUGGAGGUCAGCAGAGAAUCCCUGUGAUCUGUGCUCCUGUUUGGAAGGUCAUGUUCACUGUGAGAGGGAGCAGUGCAGCAGCUCUUGUGAGCACCCUUCUGCUCCUCCUCCUAAUAGCUGCUGUCCAGUUUGUCAAGGCUGUGGUGUGAAUGGACAUGAGUUCCCUAACAAAGCUAUAAUUCCAACUGGAGAUCGCUGUCAGGAGUGUACAUGUGAGAAUGGAAAUGUAGUGUGUUCAGCUCUUCAAUGCCCUACGUUGACUUGUCGCAGCCCCGUGCAUCCUCCUGGUGACUGUUGCCCCCGAUGUGAACAGUGUGAAUAUGAAUCAGAGGUCUAUGUGAAUGGUCAGAAGUUCUCAUCCCUGACCGAUCCCUGCCUACAUUGUCGCUGCUCUGAAGGUGAGGUGUCUUGUGAACGAAUGGAGGCCUCUUGUCCCACAGUACGCUGCAGUCAUCCAGUCAGGAGAAAGGGAGAGUGCUGUCCCAUAUGCAAAGAGUGUGAGUUUGACAGGAGAGUGUAUGCUGAUGGAAAAGUAUUUGUCCCGCCUGGGAGUGGACCCUGCCUGCAGUGCAGGUGUAAGACCGGAAACGUAAUUUGCUAUGAAGAAAAAUGUCCUCCAGUCCAGUGCUCUAAUCCCACCAUCGAUCCUCAUCUUUGCUGUCCAGUCUGCAAAGCAUGCGUGCUGGAGGGGGUAGAAUAUGAAGACGGCUCUAAUUGGCAACCAGAGGGUCCGUGUUCCAGUUGCUUGUGUGUGAACGGGGAGACAUUAUGUUCAAACACACAGUGCCCGUCCGCUGAGUGUUUACAUCCCAGCAAGAUCCCGGGUUCCUGUUGUGAAAUUUGUGACAGCUGCACGUUCAACCAUCGAAUUUACAGCAACAGUCAGAGAUUUACGACCCCUGACCAGCCCUGCCACAUAUGCACCUGUUUGCAUGGGAGCGUUCGCUGUGAACGACAAGGCUGUCCUCCACUAAACUGCACCAAUUCCUACACUCCUCCUGGAGAGUGCUGUCCUAAAUGUCCAGACUGCUCCUUUGAAAAUCGUGUGUUUGUGAACGGAGAGGCGUUUCCUAACCCUGUGAGUGAGUGUGAGGAGUGUACCUGUGUGAGCGGAAGGAUUGACUGCCAUCAAACACGCUGCCCCCAUCCUCGAUGUAACGCCCCUCUGCCUGGAACAUGCUGCCAGAAUAAUUGCAAUGGUUGCAGCUACGCUGGGAAGGAGUAUCCCAAUGGACAAGACUUUCCCCAUCCAACGGACAAAUGCAGGACAUGCAGCUGCAUAAAUGGAAAUGUCCAAUGUCUAAUGAGGAGGUGUCCUCCACUGCAAUGCUCCAAUCCUAAUAUGAUCCCUGGAGACUGCUGCCUACAGUGUCCUGAUCCUCCAUCAGACUGCCUGUUCGAGCAAAGGUCCUUCAGACACACAGAACGUUUCUACCACCCGGCUGACAGCUGCCGAACAUGCGCCUGCGACAACGGGACAGUUCGCUGUCACCGUAAGCCCUGCCCCUCCRCUCCAUGCUCUCAGCCCAUUACCCGGGACUGCUGCCGGACGUGCGAAGGCUGCUUGCACCAGGGUCGAGAGCGAGCCAAUGGAGAGACUUGGGAGGAUCCCUCGGAUCCGUGCGCUGUCUGCGUCUGUCACGAAGGUUCUGUGCAGUGUGAAAGAAAGCGCUGUCCACCAUCCAACUGCAACCACCCAGUAGGGACAGACUGCUGCAGGUCCUGUGACGGAUGUACAUUUCGUGGUAAAGAAUAUCCUGAUGGCACCGAGUUUGCUGAUGGCCAAGACCCCUGUGGUGUGUGUUACUGUUAUGGAGGAGACAUCACCUGCACUAAGUUACCUUGUUAUGGAGAUUGCAGCCACCCUUACAAACCACCUGGGCAGUGCUGCGGAGAAUGUGAAAGAUGCUUCUAUAACGGCGUGGUCCUCGUCAAUGGACAGUCCGUUCCUGAUCCAGGAAACCCUUGCUCUGAAUGUGCAUGCCAGAGUGGUUCAGUGAGAUGUUCGAGGAUACCGUGUCCAGCAGCUCCCUGUCCUCAUCCUGUCACCAGCCCAUGCGGAUGCCCCAUCUGUGACGGUUGUCAUUUCCAGGGUGUUACCUAUGCUGACAGCCAGGUCCUCCCAGGGGGAGAACAGGAGUGCCAGGACUGCACGUGCUCAAGAGGAGAGGUGGUGUGCACCUCCCGAAGAUGCCCUUCUGCACCAUGUGCACACCCGGCUCUGGAUGGUUGUGCGUGUGGAGUGUGUGAUGGAUGUAACUUCAAUGGCCGGGGCUGCUACAAUGGAGAGCAAUUCCCACAUCCUGAAGACCACUGUCAGAGCUGCUUCUGUCUGAAUGGUGGUGUGGUGUGUGCUCAGACAUCUUGUCCAAGCACUGCUUGCAGAGACCCAGUGAUGCCUCCAGGGGAGUGCUGUCCUGUCUGCACAGGGAGGUGUCUCCAUCAGGGUGCAGAGCACGAGUCUGGCUCCACCUUCACAUCACCGUCUGAUCCCUGCUCGACGUGCACCUGUCUGAAUGAAAUGGUGACCUGCCAAAGAAGACCCUGUCCAGUUCACUGCUUACAUCCCAUGCCCUCUGAUACUUGUUGUCCUAUUUGUGACGACUGCUUCUAUGAGGGUGUUGUGCACACUCAAGGUCACACCUUUGCAUCCGUGUCCAGUCCCUGUGAGCGCUGCACUUGUGUCAGAGGAACAGUUUCUUGUGUUCCUGUCGUCUGUCCACCGACACCAUGUGAUCAGCCUGUUACCGAGCCAGGACAGUGCUGCCCGGAGUGCACAGUGUGUGAGCUGAAUGGACACAAGUAUACUGAUGGACAGACAUGGGCCCUGAGUUCAAAUCAUUGCUUCACCUGCAACUGCAAGAAAGGUGAGGUUCAGUGUGCACCUCUGGAGUGCCCCAAGCUGUCUUGUCCUCACCUGGUGACAGAUCCAGGUUCCUGCUGCCCUCACUGUAGAGGUUGUAUGUAUGGAGGUGAGCAGCAUGCGGAGGGCAGCAGCUGGUUUGAAGAUUCCACCCCCUGUAUGACUUGUAUGUGUGUGAAUGGAGUGACCACCUGCUCUGAAGUACGUUGCGUAUCACCAUGUGUCAACUUCAUGACAGUGCCUGGGGAGUGCUGCCCAGUGUGUGCUGAUUGCAUAUUUGAGGGCAGAGUGUACGGUCCAGGGGACAGUUUCCAUCCUGCCAAUGAUCCCUGUCAGAUCUGCACGUGUGAGGUGAUGCCUGAUGGACAGCAACACCUGAAGUGUUACAGGAAGCAGUGUCCCAGCCUAGUAGACUGUCCCAAGAGCAACAUCUUAUUUUCAGGACCAGACUCCUGCUGUCCUGUCUGCGCACAGCCUCUCACUAAUUGUACAAGCAGACUGAUUGGCAACGAGGUGCUAGCAACAGAUGACCCCUGUUUCACCUGCCAGUGCAAGGACCUGACGUGGACAUGCCUGCAGCAAACAUGUCCAACGCUAACUUGCCCUAACGAUGAACAUUUCACUCCCCCAGAUUCCUGCUGCCCUGUGUGCAACGAAUGCUUGAUUGAGGGUCAGGAUAAGCGCUUCGCUAACGGCGCCAGCUGGAAAGACUUUGAUAAUGAUUGUGUCACAUGUGUUUGUAAUCUGGGCCAUGUUGAGUGCAGCACUGAAGAGUGUCCCCCUGUAGUUUGUGUGACUGGACAAACACAAGUAAAGCUCCCAGGAAAAUGCUGCGACGAAUGCCAAGAUUCAAGAGAGUCUUGUUUGUAUCAAGGAACCCAGUAUCACUCUGAUGAACACUGGCAGGUGGAUGAAUGCACCAACUGCAUGUGUGUGUCUGGAGACGUCCACUGUCGGAGUGAACGCUGUCCUCCUCUCACCUGUGCAGCAGAUGAGAAGCCUGCAGUAAUUCCAGGUUUGUGCUGUCCACACUGCCUUCCUCGUCCAGCUACCUGCAUCGCCUUUGGUGACCCUCACUACCGCACCUUCGAUGGACGCAUGUUUCACUUCCAGGGGACAUGCACGUAUAUCCUGACCAAAGAUUGUAAAGAUGAAGACUUCAGUGUUCAUGUUACAAAUGAUGAUCGUGGGCGUAAAGGAGUGUCCUGGACUAAGGAAUUGACCGUCUUUAUAAGUGACCUUGCUGUGCAGUUGCUCCAAGAAUUUGUUGUGAAGGUGAAUGAAGAGGUUGUGACUUUGCCUUUUCUAAGAGAGCCGUAUAUCUUUAUAGAGCGGCAAGCCAACACCGUCCUACUCAACACUAACGUUGGAUUAAAGGUGCUGUGGAGUCCCCGUUCACACCUGGAAGUGAGCGUGCCAGGCUCCUACAAGGAACGCACCUGUGGUCUCUGUGGAAAUUUUAACAAGUAUCCCCAGGAUGACCUCCAAAUGUCCACCGGCAAACUCACCACCUCAGAGUCUGAGUUUGGCAACAGUUGGAGAAUGACAAACGGAAACCAUUCACUUUCAUCCUGUCGACCCGGAGAAGAUGUCGAUCCCUGUAAGAGUGCUGGAUACCAGGCCAGGAAAGGGGCCAACGCCCGCUGUAAAGUUCUCAAGUCUACAGUCUUCAAGCCCUGUCACCGUGUCGUUCCGCCUGAACCGUGGUACGCCGCCUGCGUCUACGACCUCUGUGCAUGUGGGGCCAAUACUGACGAGUGUCUGUGCGACGCACUGGAGGCCUACGCCAGUCAAUGCAGAGAAGCAGGAGUCAUCCUGCAGUGGAGGAGCACAUCACUCUGUGCUGUGGGCUGUCCUGUGGAGCGGGGCUUUGUGUUUGACGAGUGCGGCCCACCUUGUCCCGUAACAUGCUUUAAUGUUGACGUACCACUGGGAGUGAUAGAGAGCCACUGCUUCAAGCCCUGCGUCCCGGGCUGCCAGUGUCCUGCUGGUCUGGUUCUCCAUAACAACUACUGCAUCCAGCCAGAAAAAUGCCCCAAGAUCAUUCAUGGCGGUUCUUUGUGAUGCUACAACUGUUGGUACCAGAUUCAUGUCCACUCAGAUGCACAAAGGGACACUCUGCUGCCUCUUUGUUGACCCCAAAUUAUAUCUGAACUAUAUAUAUGGGUGUUUUGUCUAAAGAUGUAAACCUAUGAUGAUAAAUGUGUUUUUAUAACUAGCACUAAGUACUUACACCACAGAUAUUUUUCCUACUUAUGGUUACACUUUUGCGAGGCAUUUUCUAUAAAUAUUCAAAAGUGUUAACAUUAAUUAAAAUCUCUUGUUUACUAUACAGAUUAAAAUGUGCAAUGUCUGACUGUAUGUACAAUAGGCUGCAUCAUCUCAGGUUCACUUCAUUUUGCAAUUUUAAAAUAAACAAAAUUCCGACCAUUA